GUGCAGCUCUAAGAUGAAACCUCCGGGUGGGCAAGGCAUAAGGCUGGCAUACCUUCUCCUGAGUCUGGCUUCCCUCUGCCUUCCCAGCCCUCUCUGGAAGGACCGGGACUCCCUGAUGCAGGAGGAGAAAGCCCAUCAGACAGGAGGCAACUUGAUGCUGAGUAGGCAAGAGGAGCAGCUCAAUACAAAGCUUGUAAACCUCAAGAAGAAGGAAGUGGAAACAGCCAUAACUACAGGACAGUUUCCUCCAAGCAUGCACUUCUUCCGGGCAAAAAGUCUCAUUGAUCACAGCGCAGUGUUCAGCAUCUUAAAGCGCAUGCCAAAAGGUGCUGUGCUCCACCUGCACGACUUUGCCAUGCUGAGUGUGGACUGGCUGGUGUACAAUGCCUCCUACUUGCCCAACUGCUACAUCUGCUUCACCCGCACGGGCUCCGUCCGCUUCCGCUUCUCCCGCCCGUGCCCUUCCCACCUGCCAGCCCAGUGCUCCCAGUGGGUGCUGCUGGAGACCUACCGGGGACAGCUGAGCGACGUGGCCGAGUUUGACAGAGGCUUGCUGAGAAACCUGACCCUGGUGACAGAUGCCCCUGAGCUGGCCUACCCCUCUCAGACUUUCAUUUGGAAAAGAUUUGAAGAAAUCUUUCUCAUUGCCUCUGGACUUAUCUGCUAUGCACCUGUGUUCAAGGCCUAUUUCUACCAGGGGCUGCUGGAGCUCUAUGAAGAUAACAUACAGUAUGUUGAGAUAAGAGCUAUCCUGCCUGCGGUGUAUGAACUGGAUGGCACCCAGCACAAUAAAUCAUGGUCUGUGGCAACCUACCGGGAAGUGACCAGGCAGUUCGUGAAGGAGCACCCGGACUUUGUUGGAGCCAAGAUUAUAUUUGCAGUGCACAGGAUGAUGAAUGUUUCCCAGAUUAAAGAAGCCAUCCUCACUGCCAUGGCACUCAGAGCCCGCUUCCCAGACACUCUGGCUGGCUUCGACUUGGUUGGUGAUGAGGAUGAAGGUCAUUCUUUAUGGGACCUGAGGGAUGCCCUGACCAUCCCAUAUUCCAUGGGGGUCAAUUUGCCCUACUUCUUCCAUGCUGGGGAGACUGACUGGCAGGGCACCUCUGUAGACAAUAAUGUGCUGGAUGCAUUGCUACUGAAUACCAGCAGGAUUGGCCAUGGACUCGCUCUCACUAAACACCCAGUAGCCAAAAGUUUGUCUCUGAAGAUGGAUAUUCCUGUAGAAGUCUGUCCCAUCUCCAACCAGGUCCUGCUGCUGAUAGCUGACUUGAGGAGUCACCCUGCAGCUGACCUCAUGGCUGAGGGGCACCCCAUUGUGAUCAGCCCCGAUGAUCCCCCUGUCUUUGGGGCAAAGGGAGUCUCCUAUGAUUUCUACGAGGUGUUCAUGGCCAUUGGAGGGAUGAAGGCUGACCUGAGGACACUAAAACAACUUGCACUCAACUCCAUAAAAUACAGUGCCAUGCUGCCGGAUGAGAAAGCCAAGGCCAAAGAGGUCUGGCAGAAAAAAUGGGACCAAUUUGUGGCUGACCUCUCUGAUAGCUUUCUAAGGGAGCUGUAG